UAGAAACUAAUGAACUUUUUAUGGUUCCAGCAAAAAAAAGCAUUUGCAGGGAAAAAGGGGGUUAAUUCAAAUCCUUUCAUGGGUCGGAUUUUUACAGUAGAAUUAGAUGGCAGGAUCUACAGAUGCCGAUUCUGUCAUACCCAUUUGGCCCUCGCUGAAGACAUCAUCUCUAGAUCUUUCCACUGCCGCCGAGGGAAAGCAUACCUCUUCAACAAUGUAUUCUAUGGUGUUGGAUUUCUCCUCUAUCCAGGAUCGUAUAGCCAGAAACAGUAUGCAAUUGCGAACAUAUCGGUUGGAAGUUUAGAGGAGAGGAUGAUGCUCUCUGGAAUGCAUACUGUAGCUGAUAUAUUCUGCUGCUGCUGUGGGCAAAAUGUUGGUUGGAAAUAUGAAGCCGCACAUUUGAAGAGCCAAAAGUACAAGGAGGGAAAGUUUGUCUUAGAAAGGGGAAGAAUAGUUGAUGGUGUCGACUCAGAAUUCUACAUCAAUACAAACCUCAACGGAAGUGAUCCCGAUGAUUGAUAGUUAAGCUGAUUCCCCAGGUUUUUGUUAAGUUAUGGGUUUAUUUCAUAAGCCAACUCAACUUGAGUAUUGGCAUGUCCCUUCAUGAUGUACAACAGUACAAUUUCUUGUGCAUUAAUGUAAUAUUAAGAUACAUAGAUGUUUUGUGACAAUACCUACAUGGGCUGUUCCCUGUGGAAGCAUAAUCAGCUGUUAGCUGAAGUUGACGGGAUCGCUUAGUAAAUGUUGCCUUUGGUUUCA